AUGAGCCAAUGUCCGUCCAGUUCGCCGGUGCGGCGCAGGCGGCGGAAGCGGCGGGCGCGGCGGCGGCUGCGCAUCGCGAAGCGCGCGCGCCGCUUGCCGCCGCCCUUCCGCGCCGCGGCCGCCGCCGGCUCGCCGUUCGCGCCCACGCCGCCGCCCUCGCCGCCCCCCUCGCCGCCCUCGCCGCCCUCGCCGCCCUCGCCGCCCUCGCCGCCGCCCUCGCCGCCCAGCCGGCGCGCCCUUCGCUCCGACACCAAGCGGCUCGAGAUCAGGAGCGAGGAGGAUUCGCCGGAGGAUGAAGAAGAU